GACCGUCCGCGCGCUGACCAAUAGGAUCAACUGCUGUUAUCGGCAGAGAAAAAAAAAUCCUCACAGUCGCCAUGAUACAGCAGCGGAAACGGGCGAGAAGUAGCUAGAAAACAAAAGAGAACACGCAGUCGUCCUCGCGAUUUGGUAUGCUCUUGCAGUGUUAUAGGAAUGCCCAAGGAAAAAUAUGACCCGCCAGAUCCCCGGCGGAUGUACACAAUUAUGUCCAGUGAGGAGGCAGCAAAUGGGAAGAAGUCAUACUGGGCAGAGCUGGAGAUCAGCGGGCGAGUAAGGAGUCUCAGCACAGCCCUGUGGUCUCUCACCCACCUCACUGCCCUGCACCUCAGUGACAACUCACUGUCACGAAUCCCGCCAGACAUUGCCAAACUACACAACCUGGUGUACCUGGAUCUCUCAUCCAAUAAGAUCAGGAGCCUGCCGGCAGAGCUCGGCAACAUGGUUUCUCUCAGGGAACUACUUUUAAAUAACAACCAGUUGCGGGUUCUGCCAUUUGAAUUGGGGAAACUGUUUCAGUUACAAACACUGGGGUUGAAAGGAAACCCACUUGCACAAGAAAUUAUGAGCCUCUACCAGGAACCUGAUGGCACACGGAGACUGCUCAGCUACUUGUUAGACAAUCUGGCAGGGGCUAUCAAGCGCAUACCAACAGAGCAGCCCCCGGCUCGGUCAUGGAUCACACUCCAGGAACCUGACCGAACAUGGCCAUCAGCACUGUUCUCUGUGAUGUGCUACAAUGUACUAUGUGAUAAAUAUGCCACACGACAGCUAUAUGGCUACUGCCCGUCUUGGGCUCUAAACUGGGACUACAGGAAAAAAAAUAUCAUGCAGGAGAUCUUGGGCUGCAAUGCGGACAUCAUCAGUCUGCAGGAAGUAGAGACGGAGCAGUACUACAAUUUCUUCCUGCCCGAGCUGAAAGAGCAGGGAUAUGACGGGUUCUUCAGUCCAAAGUCACGAGCCAGGACUAUGUCGGAGUCUGACCGAAAACACGUGGAUGGUUGUGCAAUUUUUUACAAGACGGAAAAGUUCAGUGCAGUGCAGAAGCACACAGUGGAGUUCAACCAGUUGGCCAUGGCUAACUCUGAAGGCUCAGAGGCUAUGCUGAACAGGGUGAUGACCAAGGACAACAUCGGAGUAGCUGUGCUGCUUGAAGUCCGCAAAGAGAUGAUGGAGGUCUCCUCUGGAAAGUCACUCCAUGGCAUGGAGAAGCAGCUGCUCCUGGUAGCCAAUGCCCACAUGCACUGGGAUCCAGAGUACUCUGAUGUCAAGCUGGUCCAGACCAUGAUGUUCCUGUCAGAGGUGAAGAAUAUAGUGGACAAGGCCACACGCAGCCUGAAGUUGUCCUCUGUCUCUGGUGAGACCAAUGCCAUUCCACUGGUGCUGUGCGCUGACCUCAACUCCUUGCCUGACUCUGGCGUAGUGGAGUACCUAAGCUCUGGUGGAGUGGACUGCACCCACAAGGACUUCAAAGAGCUUCGCUAUAGCGACAGUCUCACCAAAUUCAACUGCAAUGGCAAGAACAGCACGUCCAAUGGUAUGAUCACCCACGGCUUCAAGCUGAAGAGCGCCUACGAAAACGGCCUGAUGCCUUACACCAACUACACCUUCGACUUCAAGGGUGUCAUCGACUAUAUUUUCUACUCAAAGCCUCACCUGAACGUGCUGGGCAUCUUGGGCCCCCUGGACCCCCACUGGCUCGUAGAGAACAAUGUCAGCGGCUGCCCACAUCCGCUCAUCCCCUCCGACCACUUCUCCCUCUUCGCCCAGCUGGAGUUGCUCCUCAACGUGCCCCCCCAGAUCAAUGGGCUCCAUAUGCCAUCACGCAGGUAGUGAGACCCUGCCGUACCACCAGGGGCGAGCUGCAGCCACAGCCUCUCCCUUUCCAACCUUCCUCCCUCUCACUACCAGCUCUUCCCUCCACAAAGGAGGAGGAAGACAAAACAACACAACCUGUAAAAUAUUCGUACAGUGAGGUCUGGCCGACAGGGAUUUCGUAUAAUGUUAUAGAUAUUCUAUAUUUUUCUUUUUUCUUUCUCCGUUUUUCACUUUUGUUCUUUUUUUAACUGCUUCAUACUUUGUGUUUUGGACUCCCUUUCCUCCUGAGUAUCCACCCACCCACUUUGCUUUUGUCUUUCAAACUAGAGGGGAUGGUAGCUCAUUCAGAUUUGUCACAUGGGGCACUGUUUGGUUUAACAGCAAUGGGAAACUGGGAAGUGGCUGAAGGUACAGCAUUCACCUGAUAAGCUCCAUAGCUGAUGGUCUGAUUGUCUGUCUGUCCUGUAUAAAUCUGAAACCAGCAAAGACAGCAGACUUGUCCAUCUCAGACCCCCAUCACUUGCUUGUGCUCGUGUGCCCCUGGUUCUCUGGGCAGCCUGCAUACCUUGUCAGUCUUUCUAGGAUGCACACGUUUGUUGAGUCGGAUGUUGUUGAGUUAGAGCAGCUUUUUUUAGCUGUUACUUAAGCGUCCCUGGAGGUGGAUGUAGUGCAGCUUGUAUGAGGUGACAUUUUCUGCUGUCAUUCUGUGGUGCUGAGGCCUUUUUGUGUGGUCGCGGCCUCCUUUGGUGCUACAAGAUAGUCAACACCUCUGGCCUCGGCCCUGGUGCAUUAGCUACCGAAAUCCACAGAUGCCUCAAGAACCAGACAUCGAAGAACUACAUUUGCCCAAUUUCACAUUGGUGACGUGUAGCGGUUAUUUGUUAAGGAACGACAUGGUGAGAAUCUGAGAGCAGCUACCAUCCUGUUGGCAGACUGUUUCACCCCAGCUUGUAUAGUUGUUAGGCUAGUCUUGUGCUUAGGAACUUAUUGUGGCCCACCUGCCACCAUUUUUUUUUUUUUUUUUUUUUUUUUUUUUAGUCAAGGGGCAAGGGAUUUAGGUUGAUGGGCAAAGCGAUGAGGGGCUUUCGCAUAUGUUUUCUUUGUCUUGAUUGUUUUUAGGCAGAGAGAGCGAGUAAUGGCUGAUACACAGGAGUAAAACCAGCAUUCCUCUCACUGUCUGGAGUUGCCAUCCAACUCCACACAUGCAAGCUUACACACACAUGCACACACAGGCACGCACGCACACACACUCACACACUCACUCACACUCACUUGCAUACACAGGUAAUUUGCAGGCAGAUGUGUAGCACUGUCUCCAAGGCCAGUAGUGACUUUCCCCAGCCAUAAAUUCCAUACACAAAGGCAGUGGUUUUUUCACAAGUGUUUGUACAGAAUAGCAAUCUAGACUCAGUCUUUACAUGAUUGUAUAUGAACCACAAAAGACCUGUUUUCUGGCGUUUUUUGUACUAAGAGUAAAUUAUGAUCGGGUUUGAAAAAAGAUUGUAUUGUAAACUAUGGCUAAAUUUUUAUCCAGUUAAUGUUAAGAUGAAUUGAUAUUACCAGCCUGUACAAAAGACGUAAGAAGAGGUUGUUCAGGGCGUUCACUGUCACCACUUUGCACUCCUUAGUGAUUAACUGUAAUUAAUGUAUCGGUAUUGUUUAUUUUAUUGCCCCCACCACCCCGAGCUGUUGAUUUGAUUUGCUGGCACAUUGCUGCAAUUGUAAAUAGACACAGAGUUAAUUCUGCUUGUUGCUUUUUGCCCAUUAACAAAGCCAUUGAUCCACACUGCUGCCAUCAGUUCAGACACAAGGACAUGCAAGGAUGAGUCGCAGCCCACCAGUGAGUCCACAUCUGUUCGAGAGAUUUUACAUACACUCCUACCAGUGGCAUGUGACUGAUACAACCUAUAUAAAUCCCACUUGUACAACAAAACAUCGUGCCUCACUGUAGCAGUUGUUGUCUUGCACUAUUUCCAUAUGACGAACGCCCGAACAACCUUUUCUCCUUUUAUUUUUAAAUACUGUUGAGACAUUUGUGAAGAUUUUAUGUCCUUUUAUUGGGUUUUUUGUUAAUGUUGAUUUCCUUUUUUAUGAGCUGUGACAAUGUUAUGAUGAUGUGUAUAUCCUUCCUAUUCAUUGAGCUCUCCAGAAAUGAGGUAUGCUUUCUCCACCAACCCUUUCUCCUCUCCUCAAAGGAACACAAGUCGGAUUACUUUCCUGAAUCCACACUCCAGGAUUGUUUUGCUUCUUCUUUGUACCUUAGCACAUACACAGACCCCUAAAAUAUGUAGCCCUUAGCUUCCUACCUGGCCAUGAGUUUUAAAUCUCCUUAAGCCUGUCCAUCGCCCUAUACCUCAGACUUUCCCUGCCCACUGUAUUAUUCAAGCAGUGUCUUUUAAACCCCCUCAGCUCAACCACUUUGUAUAGUUCUUGUACCCUCAUUACUGCAGCUAUAGUGCCAUCUGUGGACCCCCUACCUCUGUAUUGGAAAAGGUGGAAGGCCCACUUUGCUCUUGCUUUUGGAGGAACAAGGGAGGAAGGGCUCCGAGUUCAGCUGUAUCUCUCUGAAAGCCAGCAAGUGCAAUGCUAUCAAUCACACUUACAUCCCAAACAAACACAAAAACAUGUCAGCGGUGAGCCGAUUACAUCAACAGCCAUGCUUUUACACAGAGGACAACUGAUGAUGAGCACUUAGUUGAUUCAGAUGCAGCUCCCCUCACUCCCUGUUUAGCGAAUAAAGAGUUCAUUAAUGUAUAUGCUAAAAUGACUUCUUUUUUUUUAAAGCAAGAGGGAAGCAAGUAAAUAGGAAGAUUAGUCCUCAGAUCAAAGUCUCUUGUCCCAUUUUAUUUUUUCCCUACAUGUUUUUUUAAAUUGUUUUGUUUGUAUUCCAAUGGAAACUGUCCAGUUUGAUUUUUUUUUUUUCCUGAAUGGCAUUAGUAUUGUAGUAGAUUUAAAGCCUAGCUUUUUGUAAAGUGUGAAUAAAAGAUGUAUCUCAUGUUUCCUUUCUAAAAAGAUAUUGAAUUGUGUUGUUGAUGUGUAAAUCAUGAAUUCUAUGAUCGUGUUAUGUUUGCUACAUUGUUUUUACCUUUACUCCAUAUAUUUUUUAGACAUGCUCUUGUUCCCAUCACAAACCAAAUCCUCUGUAAAAAUUCUGAGGAGACGUUGUCUUGAAUGGUUGGUCAGAGGAGUUGAAUGUUCCUUAUGUAGCCUUGUAGAAUGAAGGAUUGACUGCUUAUUGGAGGAAAAAUACAUGAAUCAUUGCAAUCAGUUUAAAAAAAAAACUUUCAGCACAGGGAUAUUCAAUUUAUUUUAUUUUAUUUUAUUUAUUUUUUUUUACCUUUCAGCUUUAUUUUGGAUGUUGCAUGGUGCUAGCUGGAGAGAGCUAGUGUCUGUAGGUUAGGGCAGCAGAGCUGUCUUGCUAGUGGCUGCAGUUCAGUACUAGAGAACACUGUUCUGACUGGUGUAAAAUGUAUUUGUAAGACUAAGCUAACGACUUGCCGCUGGUCACUAGACUGGUCCUGUGAUGAUUUUGAGUACUCCUAGUCCAUUUCACUCUGUUCUUGUGCAUCACAGUGGAUAAAUUUGUUACCCUAGCUAGCUACUAUUGAUAGUCACUGACUUUAUUCUUAAAUCUUUUCUAUUGUCGACUCCCCCUUCCUCUUCACCAGAGACUAUGACUUCUGACUGAAAGUCUGGCAAAUCACAGAGCUGAGUUAUGUCACCCUGUAAGCUUCAGCGAGUGCUCACAUUGUUGGCUUUGUACUUUCCACUGUUGCAUUGUGUUUCAUAGCUGGCUUGUUAGGUGUAGAGACAUUUUUCCCAGGCUGCAUCUCUUUGUAAUGGUGCACACCAAAGCUGCUUGCAGUUCAGUUCUGUUGUAGAGCAAGUUCUUUCACCAAGUAGUCACACUUAUUUUAUUUUUUUUUAUUAUUAUUUUUUAAUUCUUACCUAAAUCAUAGUCUUCAUGAAGUGUUAGGGCUGUAAGGAAAGCAAGGUACUUUGUCCCUUUCCUUGAAUUUCAUCCAUAUUGCAUUCAUAUUCGUAUGUGUCGUGGCAGGGUCACAUGUAAGCGAAUGCAGGUGAACGACCAUCGCCUGCCUGUGCAGAAUGGCCAGCGACACAUGGAAAUCACUUUGCUCGUCUGUAGCUCGUUGGGGGGGGGGGGGCAAAUGCACACACAUCUUUACUUUUGGCUGUGGCUGCGACUACUGAUGCUAAUACUUUAUUUGCCCCUCGCUCGCAUUCGCAAGUGUGGCCGUACCCUCACUCUUGUUUCCCAGCUCAUUUAAAUGCACCCUUUUACAAAAAGAACCUUGGCAAUAAUACCCAGAAAUAUUCAUACACGCUCAGAAUGGUUUUUAAAUAUUUUAUCUGGAAAAUGUAGCUAUUUCAUCUUUCAAACUGUGGUCGUUUUUUUCCUCUUUCGAACUCUCCCGUCUUCAGCCUUCUUGACUGUUUCGUUACCUGAACACCUUUAUAUGCUUUCUUUUCCCUCUUUUAUAAUCCAUCUUGUAUAUUUGCUCAUCUUCUCCCUGCUGAUCUAGUGGUUGUUGUUCAAUGAUCAGGAUUGUCUAUUUGUAGUCAUCUGAGUACAUAUAUUGAUCUGUGUCACUGUGUUUAUGCACUGGACCAACUAUUGUUUACCAUUCAUGAAAUACCAGCAAAAAAAAAAGAAAAAAAAAAGGAGAAUAAUAACAAAACACUUGCACAAUGUUGUAGAAUGUCCAUUAACCCAGAUGAGAAAUCAAGGCAGCUGUUUUCAAAUCAACACAUACUGUUUUAAGAAGAAUUUGAAUGGUAAACAAUGCUUUCUGUUGUACCCCUUAGCCGUCCUCUCGAUUCUCUUUGGACUAGUUUUGUUUCUUUAUUUUUUCCGUUUGACUACAGGUUCUGCUUGUUUCCUUUACACCUACCUAUGUAUUUUCCUACUUCUGGUUGAAAAUAAAUUCUAUAUUAUCUGUU